UGACACCGUUCUCACGCUGCCGUCAGUUUUUCCCACGUGGUGUUGUGCGAGGCGGCCGCUAGAGCGCAGCACCACCCACCCGUCCGCUGCCGCGCCAGUCCCAACCUCUGAGCUGAGACUCAGUCCCUCCCUCGCCCCCGACGUGAGCGCCGCUGACCCGCACGUUUCGCUGAGGUCACAUGUGCUGCGUCUGAGCCCAAGGGAUCCCGCGCGUCAUCCAGCCCGACCUAACCAUGAAGGUGGAACGCGCCAGCUCCGUGUGCUCUGAGGACGCACCGUCUUCGCCGGACUCCAUCAUGUCAACAGGAGAGUCCCCUUCGCUUGAAUCACCUCAGCCCUCCCCGGGGCCUCUUACCGAUCCCUAUGACGACCAGCGGAUGUAUUCCCCUGCCUACACUGCGCCUAGCCCUGCCUACAGCACCUCAAGUAGUGGCAGCGGCAGCAGUGAAGCCGGCAGCACCGGAGACGCCUCUCCUGUCAGUAGCCCGGGCUACCAACGCUCCUCCUCACCAGACUUCGGGUUUCAGUUUCCCCCUGACUCUGGAUACCCUGGGGUGGAGCAGUUCGGAUGCCAGGCAGAGUUCGUGCGAGCCGUGCAAGAAGGAGACCCCCGCGAGCUGAAGCGCAUCCUGACGCGGUAUUCACAGCUUGUACAGAUCAACGGUUUUACUGCUGAUGGCCAGACGGCGCUGACGCAGUCCUGUCUGGACGGCAACCUGGAGGUGGUGAAGAUGCUGGUGGCACACGGCGCGUCGCUACACCUCACCAAUAGGGACGGUUUUUCACCUCUUCACCUUGCCUGUUGGCGCGGUAAAUACGACGUGAUGCAGUACCUGCUGCGUUACGCUUCCAGCAGACGAUAGUUGUUGUGAUACCGCCCCAGCCCAGCAACUUGUGCCAUGCGUGUGUGUCGUGCAGCGCCGCGCGGCCCGCCCGCCCCGUGCAAUACUGAAUAGCGGUGGUCCAGCACGACGGCCGCCGGGCCGCGCCUCGCCGACCGGGAUGUUACAGUCUGUGAUGUUGACGCUGUGUAUAGGACUGUCCCGCCGUGCUGGCCGCCCGGGCCUUACCCCUCCCCUCACGCCCACGGUGCCGCCCCCGCCCCUGCUUCGCCCGAGUCGCCCGUCACUCGACAAGUUACCUCAGUAUUAUUCUUCACGAGCGAAGUGGCGACUGGUGGCCCCAGGUAGGGUGCAGCGGGACGGGCGCGGUGGUCCGAGAUGUGCAAUACUUGAAGGACGUCGCUGCGUGAGUGAUGUCAAUUGGUAAAUAGAAACACUGUCGUAAACUACCACAGUAAAGAUUGUGAUACAGGGCGGCCCAGACGCGACCAGUGGCGGUGACCCGACUCCUGCCGCGGGAGGACAGAUGGUGUACCCCGCCCGCCACGCCCCACCCGGCCAGCCUGUCGAAGAGGACCCUCACAGUAAAAGAAGAAAAAAUGUUAACAAAAACUCUCGCCUCUCACGAUACUCGGGAGUAACAAAAACAGCAGGAAUGGUUUCCCCGGCACUAGCGAGGAGCAACAACAGCAGCAACAGCACGAGGAACGAUCUACAUGCAACUCACUCCUGUCCACCACAUUCACUGGCAGGAUAGAACACAAGAGGGACGACAGGAUAGGAAGAUGCCUCCUCCUCUUCUCCUCCCUUCCCUUUCACCCCCCCACCAUCUCCCCCGCGAUCCUCCCCAAGCUCCCUGGUUUGGGCGAGUGAUACCCAAGUGAGGGACACACAAGGGUCAGACUCCUCUGCUCACCCCCUCCCUGCCACCCUCUCGUGCCUGUGUGUGUGUGUGUGUGUGUGUGUGUGUGUGUGUGUGUGUGUGUGUGUGUGAAUCCAUCGGCCGUCGUGUAAGCGGCUGAUAGCUUAUUGGUUUAAGCUCUGCUACCGCAAGUAAGGCAGACUCUCUCUCUCUCUCUCUCUCUCUCUCUCUCUCUCUCUCUCUCUCUCUCUCUCUCUCUCUCUCUCUCUCUCUCUCAUACACACAACACUAUCUGCCCCCUCCCCCCAACCCCGGCCUCCACUCCGCCUCACCCGUCCCGCACUCCCUGGCCGCCAACAGGUGGUGUCGGCGGCGGCGGCGGUGGUGGUGGUGGAAGCUGGCCGUGGGAAAGGCAGCGGUUGUGGUGGUGGUGGCGCGUUGGGGCGAAUCUCUACCGUACCACCACCGCCGCCCCCUUCCCCUCCCCUUCCCUCAGUCCCUCCCUCCGUCCCGCGCCUGUAGAGACCCCCCACCACUACUGCACACACACACACACACACACACACACACACACACACACACACACACACUUCUCUCUCCUUAAAAGACAAAUUUGUGAGAGGCACUGAUUUUGAGUGUGCAGGGGUGGAAGUAAGAGGAGAAUGAGAAGAGUGGGCAGGAAGGCAGGCUGGCUGGCUGGCUGGCGGAGUAUGUGUAUGUGUGCACGGAGAGGGAGCGGCAAGACAGUCAAGCGUGUACGUGAAUGGACCAUCUGCGUACGUACGUAAGGACUUGUUCACGUUCGUACUCCCUGAAGAGCUUCAGAGUAUGCAUGAACGGACAGUUUUUCUCUGUGCACUUUAUGUGAGAACUUGUGUACGUUAUGUUACCAGACGGACCUGAAUGUCUCUUCCCAUGUGUACGUGAGGAUCCAUUGUGCACAUAAGUCUUGGUUGUGUACGUAAGGAGUCGUGGACAUCCCCAGAGGCUGUGUACGGCCGCUCCGCCACAGUGAUACGCCCCAAUGUGCCUUAAAACUCUAUGUUAAGUUGUUGUCUGUUGAAGCGUUUUCCCGAUUUUACUUUGUUUUUAGGGGCGCGCGAAUCGUCCCUAUCCCCUCCCCAAGUGUAUUAUUAUUAUUAUUAUUAUUAUUAUUAUUAUUAUUAUUAUUAUUAUUAUUUUACUUCAGAUAUCGAUCCUAUAUUUCUGUAAUACAGUUAUAUUUUUGUAA